AUGUAUCUCCACGACGGAUUCAUCCCGAGCGAGCACAUUCAAAAACGGCUAGACAAACUUGAAAAAGAGACUGGAAACCAACGACGAAAACUCUCAACCCUCCCAGACCUAAAACGCAAGAUUGAAGACCAUGAACGAAGACUCUCGGACGUAAAAAGUAAUAUGGAUGUGAUUUUCACCAAUGAACUUCUCAACUACCAUCCCCGAAGCAAGUACCCCGUCAAUGAACCCAACUAUCCACCUCCGGUUGCUUGA